AUGAAGAGUUUUAUCGCUUCAAGCAUACUUCUCGUGGCGGGCGUUCAAGCUGCUACGAGCGGAGAAUUUACCGCCCUUAGCUUCAAUGUUGCUGGCUUGCCAUCUAUCCUGCAGUCUAAUGACGUUGAAGGUGACAAGACAGAUAAUGCCGGACAACUUGGUAAAUACUUCUCCGAGUAUGGAUACGAUAUAAUCAACAUGCAGGAGGACUUUAAUUACCAUGCUUACAUCUAUGCAGCCGAUGACCACGCUUAUCGAACAGCCACAUCCGGUGGCGCUGCAAUUGGAAGUGGUCUGAAUACCAUCUCCAAUUAUGACUGGCUUGAUUUCACACGCAUCAAGUGGAAUACAUGCUCUGAUGCAUCUGGUUCUGAUUGUCUGACUCCCAAGGGUGUUACCUUUAUGAGGUGGAACCCAGCCGAUGGAGUCUUCAUUGACUUUUACAACCUCCACGCGGAUGCUGGAACUGAGGAUGACGACGAAACCGCUCGCAACAGCAAUCUCCAACAGGUCGCUGACUAUAUUGAUACCUGGUCAACCGGAAACGCAGUUGUGGUCAUGGGCGAUACAAACAGCCGAUACACCCGAUCUGAUGAUACCGGGAUCCGUGUCUUCAAGUCGCAAAAUAAACUGAAGGAUGUCUGGGUUGAGCUAGAGAUGAACAACGUGUAUCCGACAGCGGGUGCGGAUGCGAUUCUAUGCGACAACCCCUCUACAAUUGAGACGUGCGAAACAGUUGACAAGGCCUUGUAUCGCGGAUCAGACCUUGUCACGCUAUCGGCUGAAGGCUUUCGCUAUGACGGCGAUAACUUUCUCAACACCGACUCUGCCUAUCUGGGUGCUGUACUUUCUGAUCACAACCCAAUUCUGGUCAAUUUCACCUGGGAGAGCGCAAGCUCUCGUCGACAAAGUCAAUUUUCUGGUGGCCCUCAUGGGGAUUGGUUCAAUGAUCUUCCUAAUAUCCCAUCCUCUCCGACUACAUCCGUCAUAACUUUCGCGGGUGCCAAUCGACUCGAUAGUGUGGCGUUGAAGCUGAGCGACGGUACCACGUUCAGCCAUGGAGGUACGGGUGGAACUGCGGUUUCUCUCACACUCGGCUCGGAUGAGUACUGGGUUAGGACUGAAAUUUGUACCGGCACGUAUAAUAACGAAACUCGAAAUUUCUACAUCAAGGCUACGACCAGUGCAGGUAACACAUUGGAAGCUGGUACAUCGACUGAUAGUUGCUCGACCUUUACGGCCGAUGAUGGAUUUGCUGUCGUCGGAUUUAUGGGUCAAGAUGGAGAUGAGAUUGAUCAGCUCGCAUUGAUAUAUGCAGCCUAUUAA